AUGUUGUAUGGAGGCUCGGGACUGGGAACUGGAGUAGGUGUGAUUAUAGAGAUUAUUCGUAAGAACAACUCGGACUACGAUUUGGUGCCUGUGUUGCUUAUUACGCUCGAGUCGCAUCCUCCCGGGCCUCGCGAUCCCAUUUAUUUGGGCACGCUUGUUAAGUUGUUUGCCGAGAGCAUUCCCAAGUUCCAGGCGAUUCUUGCUCGUGAGCAUAAGGAGCAGUUUGAGACGCCUUUUGGCAAGAUCGAGCCUCUUGGUUUUGAACGAUUCAAGAUUUGCGAACUUUUUGCUGAAUUGCUUCACUGUAGUAAUAUGAGUCUUCUCAACGAUCCGGCCGGUGAGGGCAUUAUCAAAACGAGAGAUGAAGAGAGAGAGCGGGUCAAGAAGAUCAUUGCUCGUGCUCGUGGCGAGAUAGAAAGUGUUGGCCAGGACGACGAGCUUGUUGAUGAGUUGAGAACCGAGAAGUCUGUUGAUAGUGAAGAUGCUGAAAAGGAUAAGGAUGUUGAACUUACUGAAGCAGACGAAUCUGACAAGACUGAACUGACCGAUUCUGUAGCUGCUAGUGGUCUGGAUAAGCAAGAAGGUGCUACUGGUAAGCCGGCUGGCGGUACUGAUAGAGCUAUUGAAGCAGAUAUUGGCGGGUUGAGUAUAAAGACCGAUGAUGAGAAGUUGGCAGGAAUUGCUAAUGGACUUCGUUCUGAUGACGACGAGUCCGAGUCUGGCGGUGGUACUGAUUAUCAAUCUGCUAUCAGCGAAGAUGACGAUAGCAAUGAAAAGGGUAAUAACUCAGCACUUGAUCUUGACGAGGGUGAUGAUUUGACUCUGGCCCAGUCGUUGGCUCAACAGGAGGCUACAAUUCGUAAGAAUCCCGUUGUCGGUGACCAGCUCAAGAUUGCUCUGGCUGAUAACAAGUGUAUCACGACGAUUCUGGAGAUGUUCUUCAAGUUUCCUUGGAAUAAUUUUCUCCACAACGUGGUGUUUGACAUUGUACAACAGAUUCUCAACGGACCUAUUCAAGAAGGAUACAACAAGUUUCUGGCUAUUGAUUUGUUUGGAGAAGGUCGACUGACUCAAGUUAUCUAUGAGGGCCAUGCUGCUUGUGAACAGCAUGAACGAGACCACAAGACUCGUCUUGGAUACAUGGGCCAUUUGACGCUGAUAUCUGAAGAGGUUGUCAAGUUCACUGCUUUGUAUACUGCCGAGUCAGUGUCACCAGUUGUUGCCGAGGCUGUUUCCAAGCCAGAAUGGAUCCAUUAUGUCACUCAUACACUUGUAAGGACGAGAGAGCAGUAUAACACCAUUCUUGGUGGCAAACGACCUGAUGGUAGUGAGUACGGCCAGAAUCCUAAUGCUAUAAUUCUCGGUAAUGGAGAUGACAAUGACGACAAUGACGGUGAUGUUGGUUCGGAACUUGGCGAAGAGGAGUCUCCUGGAGGAUUCCACCAACGUCACGAUGGCAAUGGAGGUGAUGAUGACGACGAUGAGGAUGAUGAUAUGGUCAGUGAGCAUCACCGUCACGGUCAUAAUGAGUUUGGAUAUCACGAUGACGAUGAGGACGAUGAAGACGAUGUCAGUGGUCAUGGUGGUGCUGGUAAUGCCAGCAAUGGCAGUCGCAAGGUCGGCGGUAGUAAUACCGGAUCGGGAUCGGUCGAUAUCGACGGCAGCGGCGACCAGUUUGCACGAUACAUGUCUCAACAAAUCAGUGGUACCGGACAUUUUGGGUCUAGUGACGAGGAUGACGAUGACGAAGAAUGGGAAAAUGACCGGUCAGAUUACCGUGGAGCCUAUUCAGCUGGCAAUAACGGCGGUUCUCGCUUCGACGGAGCCACUCAUAGCACACCUGGUGCUGGCGGGUCGACUUUGUCAUACGGUCUGUCCCCAUCUGCCGAAGAUGAGGACGACGAUGAAGAUGACGACCUCGGGCUGGUUCGCAGUCGUAGCUACAACGACAUGAAUUAA